CGCCAUUACAAUCUGUCGACCUGUCGAUCUCGCAACCACAUGACCGACCGUCACAUAAAUGCUUUGUUAGAGGUUAAACCCACAGAACCCUGGUAAUCGUGUGCUGGGUCGUUUGGCAGCAGCAAAGAUAUGGCCGCAAGGAAGAGAGUCGCCAUUGUGGGAGCAGGGCUCGCCGGUUUGGCGGCCAUCAAGUCGUGUUUGGAAGAAGGGUUGGAGCCUGUGUGUUUCGAACAAUAUGACAAAUUUGGUGGUGUUUGGUACUACACGGAAGAAUACAGAGAAGGGCAGGGUGCAAGAGCCUUUGAGUAUCUGACAACGAACGUCAGUAGGGAGAUGUUUUGCUUCAGCGAUUUCCCCUACCCUCCCCACAUUCCGCCAUUCAUGACACGCACCAUGGUCUACGACUACAUCCUGAGCUACUGUGAGACGUUUGGACUCGGCAAAUACAUCCACCUCAACACCAGGGUCAAUGACAUAAAGAAGUCAAGGGACUACAACGUUACGGGAAGAUGGGAGGUGGAAACGAUGGAUUCCGAGAAGAAGACCAAACGGGACAUCUUUGAUUUCGUUAUGAUCUGCUCUGGUUUCUACAAGAAGCCUCGCACACCUGAUAUAAAAGGACUGGAUACUUUCAAAGGAAGCAUUGAACAUUCUAUGAGGUUCAAAGAUGCUUUGCAAUACAGGGACAAGUCUGUACUUAUAGUUGGAAACUCCCAUUCAUCUGGAGAUACAGCAGCUGCGUGCUCAGCUUAUGCACAGCAGGUAUAUUACUGUGUUGGAGACGGUAUGUAUAUGCUACCACUAUGUGUCAAAAACGGGCAACCGUGGGACAUGGCUAUCUUUAAGAGGUGCAACUACUGGAAUCCUGACAAGAUCUUCGAGCUGGAGAAGGCCUUAAGUAAUGAGCGUCUGGAUCACAGGCGAGCAGGGCUCGCCCCCUCAACUCCCCCGUCAAGCACCAGAAUAAUGCUCAGCGACAGAGUACAGUAUAUAAUUAUGAGUGGGAGGAUUAAAGUUGUCAAUAGGCUGGUUCGUCUUGGACCCCAUGAAGCUGAAUUUGACGAUGGCACUGUCAUCAAGAACCUGGACGCCGUUUUGUUUGCUACUGGAUAUGAUUUCUUUAUAGACUUCACAGAUGAGCCAUUACAAGGAGCUGAUGGCAAGUUGAGUCUGUACAAGAUGAUGUUCCCACUUCAUCAGCAGCACACCCUGUCGGUGAUUGGUUGUGUGGACUCUGAUGGACCGAUUCCACCAUUGGCUGAGUUACAGGGCCGCCUUGCUGCCCGGGUAUAUGCCGGCAAUCAUCAACUACCUUCCUUGAAGGUCAUGGCGGAUGUUGUGGAAAAAAUGAACUCCUCUUUAUUUGAAAAAUUUGGACGCUACAAAUAUCUGAUACCCAACCUUGUUUUCCGAGACGAAGUGGCAGAAGAGCUAGGUGUGACCCCCUCCUUGUUGGACCUGAUCAAGGCGGGGCCUCGACUCGCCUAUCUCUACUACUACGGGCCUGCUCUCCCAUACCACUUUCGACUGUGGGGACCGCAUACUUGGAGUGGAGCAAAGAAAGCAAUCAAUUAUGCUGUAGAACACGGUCACUAUGCUAAGCAAAUGAGGAAUGUCCAACCACCGGACGGUGCAGGAGAAAACUAUUUCUUCCGAUUUAUCAUUGUUUCCACUGUUGUUGUCUUGCUGGCUUUGGCCUACCAGAGGGGAACAUUUUUCGGUUGAUUACCGUGCAACAUGCGUACUUCUCUGUGCAAAAUUAGUCAAACACUAGCCGUUCCAGGAACAUCAUAUAUUCAGAUUUGUCAUCUUUUCUUCAGCUACUGUCUGUCGGCUUUGGGCGUAUCAGAGAAGAGGGAGUUUGGCACAGCUUUUAAUUAUAUUUACCCAAUGAACUUAACACUGAAAGGUGAAGGGGAAAAGGUUAGCUAUACAUCGUGUGACUGAGCAUUCCAAGUCAGAAACUAGCGUGUCGAUGGGGCUCCCUUGGAUUGACAUUCAGUUGAUAUGUGUGCAUAAUGCAAUUUUUUAUUUGUUGAUUUGUAUCAAGAAAUCUAAACAUAAAAUAAAGAUUAUAAACCACGUGACAAA